AAAGUAGAAAAGCAGAAGAAAAAGAGAGAGAGAAGGCUGCCGGACACUGUUUUUGACUAGGGUGAAGGGAAGGGAAACAUGGCGGAUGGAGGAGAUAUAUCUUUGUCAAGGCAAAACGAAGAAGAUAAUAGCAUGGAGAGAAUAUCAGGAAGAAAUAAUGACCAUAAUAACAAUAACGACGAAACUAACGGCAAAAUAGAAAUAUCUUUAGCGACGGCGUCGUCGAUGUUUCCGGGGUUCCGGUUUUCGCCGACGGACGAGGAGUUGAUAUCGUAUUACCUCAAGAAGAAACUGGAAGCGUUCGAUGAGUGCGUGGAAGUCAUCCCUGAGGUCGAGAUUUGGCGGCAUGAGCCUUGGGACUUGCCAGCCAAGUCAGUGGUGCAAUCAGAUAAUGAGUGGUUUUUCUUUUCGCCUCGUGGAAGGAAGUACCCAAAUGGAUCACAGAGUAGGAGGGCAACUGAAUCUGGGUACUGGAAGGCCACAGGAAAGGAAAGGAAUGUAAAGUCUGGUUCAAAGGUGAUUGGGACUAAAAGGACCCUAGUGUUCCACGCUGGUCGUGCGCCUAAAGGACAGAGGACACAAUGGAUAAUGCAUGAGUAUUGCAUUGGUGAAAAAGAAUAUCAGGAUUCCAUGGUUGUCUGCCGGCUUCGGAAGAAUAAUGAAUUUCAUUUGAAUGACACCCUGGGAAAUUCAAGGAAUCAAUCCAUUGUGAAUACUAGCAACAACGCCUUUUCUGAACUAGAAUACACUGGCAGUUUGGGAGGACUGAAUGCUGUAGAUAGCUGCUCAAAGGAGUGUAGCAAUAGUUUAAAUUCUCAUUCAGUUGAGCAAAUUGACCCUGGAUUCGAUUGUGAUUUGGUUAAUGAGAGUGGUUCUUCCAGUCACCAGAAGGAUGAUGGCAAUGCAGAGGACUGGUUUGCAGAUAUAAUGAGAGAUGACAUAGUUAAACUAGAUGAUACUUCAUUAAACACCUCUCUUGAUGUCUUGUCAGUAAGCAACAAGAAGCCUGGACCAGAUAUAAAGCCAAAGCAACCAGCUCAAGGUUUGAUACCCCAUGUGCUUCCAUUUCAAGGCACAGCAAAUCGGAGACUAAGACUAAGAAGAGACAGAGUAGCAUUCUUUGAGACAUCAUGGUAUGAAGCAUAUCAAAUCAAGAAUGCGAAUAUCCAUCCAAAGAAGAUAUCCCAAUCAGAUAAGAAGCAAUUUUCAAGACGUUUUAUUAGCCUGCUGUCUAGCCAAAGGCUGAAAAGCUUGUCUAUUUACAUUGUUCUAGUUAGCCUUGUAUUACUAUUUCUGUUUUUCUUUUCAUUAGAAGGAUCCUACCCAGUAAAAUGGUUUAGAGGCUUUCUCCUUUAAAGAACAGGACUUUAAUUAGUACCAAACUGGAAAUGUCUAUCAUCACUAGUCAAGGAUUGGUAGGAUUAAGUUUUAACUAUGGUCAAACAAGAUUCAUUAUGUGACCUGUACUUUAUUGUUGUGCCCUAGUAAAUAUUUUAUCUACAUAUGAUAGGUCCCUUGGAAUAUUUUCCAUAUUGAUGCCACAAUAAUUUAAGAAAAUAUGUAGACAUAUUACUUGCUUUUGUGUAGCUAUCCUCCUACUUGACAGAUGAAAGCAAUAAAGGCAGGAACCAACUGUUUGUCUGUAUUGGGAGACUUACAUGUAGUUCUUUGACUUUUAGAGGUUAGAAAAAGGGAGUGUUGAAGGUCCAUCUCAAGAGAUUAAAGAAAAAUGGUGAGCAGUUUGCUCCUUUCUACUGCUGCUAAGAGGUUGGAAGGAAAAGUAGCAAUAAUUAUUGGUGGCAUUGGAUCUAGGAUCACACAGCUAUUCUCUGAACAUGGUGCCAAAGUCCUAAUAGCUGACACCCGAGAUUAUGAAAGCCAAUCUAUCUGCAAAGAUUUAGGUCCUGGUAAUGCAUUCUUUGUUCAUUGUGAUGUCACAAGCGAAUCAGAUGUCCAAAAUGCAGUGAACAAAGCAUUCUCUACACAUGGAAGGCUUGAUAUAAUGGUCAACAAUGCUGGUAUCAUGGGAGACAAGGUAUUGGACAUUCUUGAUUGCGAAGUAACUGAUUUUAUUAAUGUCUUUCAUGUUAACACCCUUGGUGCAUUUCUAUUAAUGUCCUUCAUGUUAACACCCUUGGUGCAUUUCUGGAACUGAUUUUAUUAAUGCCUUUCAUGUUAACACCCUUGGUGCAUUUCUGGAACUGAUUUUAUUAAUGCAUUUCAUGUUAACACCCUUGGUGCAUUUCUAUUAAUGUCUUUCAUGUUAACACCCUUGGUGCAUUUCUGGAACCAAGCACGCUGCUCGUGCGAUGAAACCCGUGCAAAGGGCGAGCAUUAUUUUGGCUUAAAGGUUAUCUGGCUUACGGACAUUAUUCUAUUUUUGUUUAUUUUACUAUACAUGCUUAUCAUAUUUUUAAGCUAUGUUUAUAUUGUAUUUAUUUUUGAGCUAUGCUUAUAUUGUACUUAUUUUUAGACUUUUUUACUUCUGUACGAAAACUUGUCCAGAAAAAUAGUCUUAAAUCUUAAUUAACAAAAA